AGCUCAGAUCGCUGACGCCGAGCACUCGGAUCUUUUGCAGUUGCUACUUGGAUUAUUCUUGCUGAGACACUUGCAAUUUUUUCCGCCUUUUUUGGGGGUGGAUUUCGCUGCCUUCCUAAGGUCUUGACGAACGCUUGGUCUCCGUGGGAAGGCUUCGGGCUUUCCAGCCUUGGAUAUUGCAUUUUCUUCCUUGAACCUGUCGUGAGGCUGUUUUCCACUGUGGAUUAUAACUGCAACAUGACACUGGAAGAGCUCGUGGCGUGCGACAACGCGGCGCAAAAGAUGCAGACGGUGAGCGCCGCGGUGGAGGAGUUGCUGGUGGCCGCGCAGCGCCAGGACCGCCUCACCGUGGGGGUGUACGAGUCGGCCAAGCUGAUGAAUGUGGAUCCUGACAGCGUGGUCCUGUGCCUCCUGGCCAUCGACGAGGAAGAGGAGGACGACAUUGCCCUGCAGAUCCACUUUACGCUUAUUCAGUCCUUCUGCUGCGACAACGACAUCGACAUCGUGCGGGUGUCGGGGAUGCAGCGCUUGGCGCAGCUGCUGGGCGAGCCGGCCGAGACCCAGGGCACCACCGAGGCCCGGGACCUGCACUGUCUCCUGGUCACGAACCCUCAUACAGACACCUGGAAAAGCCACGGCCUGGUGGAGGUGGCCAGUUACUGCGAAGAAAGUAGGGGAAACAACCAGUGGGUUCCCUACAUCUCCCUCCAGGAGCGCUGAGACCCUGCCAGGCAUCGGAAACUCUUGCUGCCGAAAACACAAAACCACAUAAAUAUUUGAUCCCCCCUCCCUCCCAGAACAACCCCCCCAACAACCCAACCCGUGAGACCAUCGGGGGCAGGAUCGCUGGAGACUGAAGACAGGAGAGGGAGUGCGCGGCCGCCCCAGGGCGGGAAGCUUGGAGCCGGGGGCCAGCGGCGGCCACGGUGUGAGGAGAAGACAGGACCCGGGCCAGCAGGAGAGGGGACCCGGGAGCUCAGGCCUGGUGACAGAGCAGACGCAGGAGCCAGGGAGCUGCUUGCUUCCCCUACCAAGGAGGGCCUGGGCUCCACACUUCGGGGUGGGGUGGGGUGGGACUGACUGCAGCCCCCACCCUUCUUGAGACCCGAGCUGACAUCUGCAAAAAACGGGCCUUGGUUGGCCUAGGGUCGGCAGCCCGGCCAGGACAAUAACUUUGGGACUUGGGAGCAGGGGCUCAUGUUGCUCUGUACCCAUGAACUCCCAGCUUGCAAACUCAGUAUAUUGACAAUCUAUUUUGUUACUUGCACUUGUUACUUGAACCACUGAAAGACAGAGGGGAAGCUUACAGAUACAUAUAUUUUUACUUCUACUAUGAUGCCUUGUAAUAAAUUUUUAAAGCUUC